AUGUCGGGCAAACGGAUAGCGAUCAUCGGCGCGGGUCAGUCGGGUUUGGGUGCGUUUAACGCGUGUCGGGAACAGGACUUUGACGAAGUGGUUGUGUACGAGAGGGACGACUGUCUGUGCGGUCUGUGGGCUAAUAGGGAUAACACAUGGAUGAACACCUCCGAGGAGGGCGAGGGCUGUUCCCGACUCAUGACUACCACUACACUAAACAGUAGCAAAGAGAUGACCGCUUACUCGGACUUCCCGCCCCCCGAACACUAUCCCAAUUAUAUGCAUCACUCGCUUAUGAGAGAAUACCUGUUAUUAUAUGCGGAGAGAAUUGGUAUCAAAGAUCACGUAAAACUCAGACACGAGUUAAUCGGUUGCCAACAGAACGCGGACUACGACCGGACGGGCAGAUGGAGGCUAACGGUGCGCGACAUUGACAACGACCGGCUGUUUGACGAGGUGUUCGAUGGGGUGAUUGUCUGCACCGGACGUUAUCACCGGCCGGUUAUACCCGACAUAAAGGAUCGGCAUUUAUUUAAGGGAUGUGUCGUCCAUACGAACGCGUUGUCGGACGCGACCGGGUUUAAGGGCCAGCGAGUGGUUGUGGUCGGUGUCGGCAACUCCGGCAUCGAUAUGGCCGUCGAGUUGUCUAACGUAUGCGAAAAAGUAUACUUAUCGUCGCGCACCGGGUGUUGGGUACUGAGCCGUGCGUUGAGAAGCGGUCUGCCGACCGACACAUUAGUAUUGAGACGCAACUGGCGUUGGCUGUACGACGGCUGGACGUACCCCUUGGGCAGCCUAGUGGCCACGUCUUGGAUUAAUGUGACCCGUUUUGAUCACAAACUAUACGGCCUAAAGCCCGGGCACAGGGCGUUUUCGCAGGGCGUCGUAUUUAGCGACGAUUUGCCUAUAAAAAUCAUUAGGGGAUUGAUUACCAUGAAGGCUAAUAUUGAACAAUUUACCGAGACAGGCGUUAUUUUUGCAGGCGAUACGGUUGAGACGCUGUGCGAUGCUGUCAUAUACGGCACGGGCUAUCAAUUGUCGUAUCCGUUUUUACCCGACGAGUUACGCCCGGAGCUCAACCCCGACCUCCGGCUAUACAAACACAUAUUCUUCCCGCACCUGAAACACCCGCAAACACUGGCCAUAACCAGUAAUAUCACGCCUACCGGUGCCGGCAAUCCAAUGAUGGAACUUCAGGGCAGAUAUUUUGCGUUAUUGAUGGCCGACAGGUGCCGACUGCCGUCCGAGAAGCGUAUGUUCCGCGAUAUCCGGCGCCAAAAGGCGUGGGCAAUACGACAGUACCCCUCGUAUGACAAGUACGCCACUCACGUUCAAUACCUUAAAUACAUGGAUGAAUUAGCCGUCCAAAUGGGUGUUAAGCCCCGGCUAUGGAAAUACCUGUUUACUGAUCCGAUUCUCUGGUGGCACCUAUACUUUGAGGCUUGCGUUCCCUAUCAGUACAGAUUAAAUGGUAAAAUAUUUGCACUGUUGGGUCCGAACGGAGCCGGAAAGACCACAUUAAUGCGCGCAAUAUUAGGUCAAUUAAAAUUAAAAUCGGGCACAAUCUCGGUGUUUGGCAAAAAGCUCGGUUCCGUUGGGUCGGGAAUUCCGGGACCGGGCGUCGGGUAUAUGCCUCAGGACGUACGUAAUUUAAGAGAUUUGUUGCAUUUGCCCGAAAGUUCCCGUAUAAUCAGCGAAUUAAGUGGUGGCGAACGGCGCCGGGUGUCGAUCGCCAUAACAAUGAUACACAAACCCAGACUCGUUAUAUUGGAUGAGCCAACUGUGGGCGUGGACUCACUGCUCAGGCAUAGGAUAUGGCAAUACUUGGAUAAUAUGUGCGAUAAAUAUGGCCAAACAGUGAUAAUAACGACCCAUUAUAUAGAGGAGGCCCGGAGUGCGCAUAACGUGGCGUUCAUGAGAUGCGGCGCUGUAUUGAGACAAUCAAAUCCCCAACAAUUGAUGGCUGAAUACCAGUGCCCGACACUGGAGGACGUGUUCCUACAGUUGUGUCACUUAAGCGAAAGCGGCGUUACUUUAGACCAAGAUUUGCGAUACAAAGACAAUACAGAUAUUGAUUUAAAUAGUAUUAACACUUUGACAACAAUUGAGGCAAACAUUGAUUACAAAAACAACGAGUUUAUUGAUUGGCAACGAAUGAAAGCGUUGCUCAUUAAGCAAUGGAUUAUUAUUAAGAGGCGUCCAAUACUUAUAGCCAUCUAUUAUGGAAUUAUCAUCUCAACACUGGUAUCAUUGAACAUGGUCAUCUCGCAAAACAUUAACAAUAUAGCGGUGGGCAUAUCUAACAACGAUAUAACACUCGGUGAUAAUCAGACAUCAUUAGCGCAUCUAUUUGUCGAUUCAAUUGAUCCCAAAAGCCUAUCGUUAUCUCAAUACGAGUCGAUUGAUAGCGCCGUUCAGUCGGUAAGAAAUGGCGACAAUUAUUUGACGCUUGAAUUUCGGGACAACUUUACCGACUGUUUUGAAAGCCGAGUGAUCGACACGUUUGACGCCACCGAUGAGUGCGUCGAACAAAACAAGUUGGGCCAGAUGUUAGAUAAAACAAACAUCUACGACCAAAUGUCAAUUAUGAGAGUGACCGAGGUGCUAAACGGCGAUUUGAACAAUGUACUUGCCACAUUUACCAUUUUCGGCCCGCAAAUGCUGGUGAUGAUGCAGUUUUGUUACGCUAUGCUAUUAUCAUCAGGGUUAAUGAUCAACGACGUUUCGUCGCCCAUAAUGAGCCGGGUGUUGGCGGCGGGAGUCACUGAGUACGAGUACUGUGGCGCCCAUACACUGAUCAACGCAAUCGCCGGUUUAGUACACGUGUCGGUCGCUAUGAUUGUCGUGUUUGCGGUGUUUGGCGUUCAAACUGUCGGAAGUUAUUGCGAAAUAUUUUUGUUUUUAUUUUUACAGAAUUUGGUCGGAAUUCUUACCGGUUUUUUGGUCGCUGUUAUUCUGGCCGACGCCGCUUCCCUUAUGGUUGCAAUAUGGUAUAUAUUAAAUCACAUGGUUUACACAUCGGGUCUCGUUUGGCCCAUCGAAGCCAUUCCCCAGACGUAUCGGUUCAUAGCCUACACGAGUCCAGUGACACUUCCCGUACAAUCCAUGAUUAACAUAAUGCUUAGAGGAUGGUCGUACACACAACCCAAUCAUUAG